GGCGUCAGGCGCGGUGUCACGUGUCUCAACUGCUGGUGGAGAGAAGAAAAGGGCGGGACCCCGGACGGAGGGGUGGGGUGCCCUCCUUUCCCUUGGGUCACGCGCGGCAGGAAGUGGUUCCCGAAACGGAGUAUUCGAGAUGGGGACCGCCCUGGACAUUAAGGUUAAAAGAGCGAACAAGGUUUAUCACGCCGGGGAAAUGCUCUCCGGGGUGGUGGUUGUAUCUGGGAAGGAUUCGGUCCAGCACCAGGGAGUCUCCUUGACAGUGGAAGGAACCGUGAACCUCCAACUCAGUGCCAAGAGUGUGGGUGUGUUCGAAGCAUUCUAUAAUUCUGUUAAGCCCAUCCAGAUUAUCAACAGCACCAUCGAAAUGGUGAAACCAGGUAAAUUUCCCAGCGGCAGAACAGAAAUUCCUUUCGAAUUUCCUCUGCACGUGAAGGGUAACAGAGUCCUGUAUGAGACUUACCACGGCGUGUUUGUCAACAUCCAGUAUACCCUGCGCUGUGACAUGAGGCGGUCCCUGCUGGCCAAGGACUUGACCAAGACCUGUGAAUUCAUCGUCCACUCUGCUCCUCAGAAGCGGAAACUGACUCCAAGUCCCGUGGCCUUCACUGUCACGCCUGAAACCUUACAGAAUGUCAAAGAGAGAGCCUUGCUCCCCAAAUUUCUCAUCAGAGGACAUCUCAACUCGACCAACUGUGUUAUCACACAGCCACUAACGGGAGAGCUGGUGGUGGAGAGCUCGGAGGCCGCCAUCAAAAGCAUCGAGCUGCAGCUGGUGCGCGUGGAGACCUGCGGCUGUGCAGAAGGGUACGCCCGCGAUGCCACAGAGAUUCAGAACAUUCAGAUCGCCGACGGGGACGUGUGUCGGGGCCUCUCUGUCCCCAUAUACAUGGUCUUCCCCCGGCUCUUCACCUGCCCGACACUGGAGACCACCAACUUCAAAGUGGAGUUCGAGGUGAACAUCGUUGUGCUGCUUCACCCUGAGCACCUCAUCACAGAGAACUUCCCGCUGAAGCUCUGCAGGAUGUAGGCGGGAACAGGGGGAGAUGCAGCCGUGCCGACCUACGGGAGCCGAAGCCGGCAGCACCGAACUCACUCUCUUGAUGGUCCUGUAUCAGAAAUGAGUCUGACCCUUCUUCCUUAUUCCCUUGAGGCCCCUCUAGUCAGAGCUUCCCUUUGAAAUUCAUCAGGAUUUCUUCAUGGUGUUGGCAAGAUCGUUUCCCAGAGAGUAAAUUUCCUGUGACUCCUGACCAACCUGCUCCUUCUUAGGUUCAGAGCACAGUUGUAACGGAGUCUGAGCUUUGCUGGAAAGUGAAGUCAGGGACAAAAGAAACCUCCCGUCUGGCCGACGGUUGUGGCCAGGGCUCCCGACAGCUCCCCGACCCCGCAGGGUGGCGACAGGCGUGCUGGUUGCUCAUGACGUUGGCGGACGCCCGCCAAGGAGGGUGCUGUGGCGCCCGCUGCAGAUGUGCAGCGUGUUUCCCACUCUCUUGUCUUUUAUAACAUUUGUCAUGAUAACUUCAGAACUUUUGGGGACCUGGGGAAAGUAUGCUUUGCCCUCCCAGGAGUGAGGAGAUCUGGUGACCACGGCUGGUGCUGGAGUAUUUCUGAGUCUCAGGACCUGGUGUGAAGUUGCCAACUGCCGUCUUCCCAGAGUCCGUUUAAGUGCUAGGUUCUGUCGGGGAUAAAAACACGUGUCCACGCCUGUCGUCGUUGGCUGGGUUCUGAGUGGCAGGGGACCCGGGCCCAGGCCAGCAGUGAAGACCCCUCUGUGCUGGGUGGGACCUGGACCUGAUGAACUUGGCCCACCUCCAUCCCACCUGAGGGACCUGCAUUGGCGGGGUCAGGGGAGGUAGUUUGGCCUGAAGCCAUUUUCUCCCUCGCCUCCUGUUGGGAUUUGCAGUGUACGGUGGGUCUGUUACAACACAUUUCUUCCUUCACAUCCUGCUGUUUCUCUGGGUCCACAGUUAACCUCAGAAGUAAGCCGCGCACUGUGCACACUGCCUGGCCUUCCUCUCCUGAGGGAAUAAUCAUCACCUGAAGAGCUGCCAGCAGCCCGGCCGCCUUUAUCAUUUUAUUCAACCUCGAGGGGCCCGAGUGAGGGCCAUUUCCUUGCGCUUCUUGGACAGGCACCUCCACCAUAAGUUAUUAAGGAAAACUCGGACAUUUGGGUAUCUUGGGCAGCAGCAGUCCCACUACUGCCCUGGCUGGAGCUGGGGGUGUCCGUUGUCAGGUUCUCCUAUUACAGCAGGAGGAAGGGGAGGUGAAGGAAAGAGGCCAUGAACCUAAAACAGUACAUUUUUUUGGGAAAUGCCCGGUUAGGCAGGAGCACCUUCUGGCUCUUGGAGCUCCAACAGAAAUGGGGCCUUGCUUUGGUUCUCAGCUGCAUCGUGAGUUCCGCAGGAAAGGUGGAGACGUCAAUCAGAAAUAAAACGUUUAAAAAAGAAGCCAAAAUAUUGUGCCUGUCUUCAUCCAGAGCUCAUGUCCCAAGCCUACCUGCUCCGGUAGCUGUGGGGAGGUGGGUCCCUGGUGUCAUUUCUGCCUUCUUGAGGCUCAUAAUUCCGGAGCCUGAGUCUGAAUAACCUUUAAGACCUUUGGGGUAAGAUUACCCCCCACAUACUGGCGGCACUUUGGGCUAUGGCAGAUCACCAGUGCUCUCCACAGCCCCUUUCUGAUUCCCUUCCGAGUUCAGAAAUAGGGUGGCAUUUCUGUGGAGCCACGCCCACCUGACUGGGGACUGACUUCCAACUCCUUUGCAGCAGGGUGUGGUAAUGUGACAGGGAGAAUGUGGGCCCCUUCCCGUGGCUGGACGGGAACAGGCCUACUCCCCACCUAGACCAUGCUGAGCACAAGGAAUGUGUGAGCCGAACAGCUAGCUUCUCACCUGUGUCGCGGUCACCGGAGAGGGAAAGGAAUGGGUCAUCUUCAGAGCACGGGAUUGCCGGGUGUCUGGGCUGCAGCAGCCCUCCCCUGUCCUGCCCUGGAGCUUGUGACGUAGGGUCCAAUCCCACCCAUGCCUCUCGUACAGCCCGAGGUCCACAUGCAUGUAGUAUGAAGAAAUACUCCUUUAUCUUCAUGCCCACCCUCUGCAUCAAGAUUCUUAAGGGUCCAGAACCUUGCCCGAGCCCA